AAAUCUUGGUAGAAAGUAGAUUUUAGUCUACUUCCUUGUCGAGAAGUUCAGGGAAGGGAAGGGAAUGGAAAUGGAGGGAAGAGGAUAUUCAGAUUUCUAUAGAAACACAAGUGAAGAAUUGUUCAUAAGAACUAUGAUGGACAACUCAGUAGGAGGAGUGCCUGUUCCUACAAUGGAGAUGUUGGGUUUUAGAAACAUCUCUCAUUCUCUUCGAACCGACAGUGAGGAACUUUUCAAAAGCUGGCUCACAAGUGCAGAGAAUAAUGGCAGUGAUUCUACACCAAUGGCUCGUGCUCGACAAGCAUCACGAAGGAUCUCCAGUGAACUUGCUGGUCUAUCUAGUCAGCAAAAUGAGGGGAAUCAGAAAAGAAAAAUGACCGAUACUCAACAGCCACAGAGUACAUGUAUUGCCAAUGAAUCAUCUAGCAACCUUAACCAACAUUCAACCAGGAACGUGACAGAUAGGGAAAUGCAAGCUAGUAAUCUGUUUUUAGCCAAGACCUGGUUCCAUAGUUCUCAGCCCAUGACGAGAAGUCGUUCAUCUGAGUUAAGGAGGAGGUAUGCAGCCAUGCAAAACUCACAGUCUUCACUAGCUCGUGAAGCCUUGCAAAAUAUACCUGGAAAUGCUGUUAAUAACUUCAAAGAAGUAGUUUCUGAUCCCACUGGGUACACUGACAUGUCAAUGUGUGAAGUUACCAACCAACCUAAUACGUUUAUGUCUCCAUCAAAUUCAUCUUCAUCAACUUUUGAAGCACAGCAAGUGGAUGGUGCGGAUAAUAUUUCUUCUGUUGUAAGCAUGCUAAAGGGGACCUUAGAGCGGAAGAAAUUAACAAACUAUCAUACUGCGAGGGAAGCCAUUGAGGAGAAUAUGUUGGGGUGUUAUGGUAAUCAAGAAGUUUUUUAUAACUCCGACAUGAAUCAACAUCCAGGGAAUCAUAUUUCUCUGAAUCAAGGGACAUAUCAGGAUGCAUCUGUUGUUCAAGUCAGAGAUACGGGGAUUCCACAAACAGUUCAAGGGUCAUUAGAUGCCGUCUUAGAAAGUAUUAUGGCUCCCUCAAACCCAAUCCAGAUAGACAUGGUAUCACAGGAACCUUCUCAAAGUGGAUCUUCUGUUGCAGCACCAAUAAUUUCAAUCGAUUUUGAUGCCUAUGAUGGCCUGAGCAAUGCAAGUCAAGCUUUCAAUGUGUACGAGGGCUCUAGAAAUCAAGUUGGAUAUGGAAGGAGCUCAGAAAAUGGUUCAACUGCUAGAGAUAUUAGAGAACGAAUAUAUGAUAAUGUGAAGGACAACCAAAAGAAAGAAGGUUUAGUUCGAAAUGGAUCUUUGACAUCAGUACAAUCAGCGGAAAAUGGAGAUCCCAAGAAGAAGAGAAGGGUGGAGCGGUCUCGGAAAAUGGCAGAAGCCAAAGAGAGAAAUUUAACACCAGCAAUUCCUUCAGAUAUGCAAUCCCUUAUGAAACGCUGCGAGAAUCUGGAGAAGGAAGUUCGUUCACUUAAACUUAAUCUGGCUUUUAUGAAUAGAAAGGAUUCUGAACAGACUACACAAAUUGAAGAGCUGCAGAAGCAGAAUGAGGAUUUGGUCAAGGAAAAAGAGCGCCUUCUUGGAGAAAUCGAGAGGAUCAUUUCAGAAUCUGGAAAGUUUUAGAUACUGUUGCUAUUUAGCAGCUUCAAACGUGCUUCUUUAAGAGGUCCUAUGGGGUUGCUACAAGCAUAGGAAAGUAGGCUGAAUUCAACUCAAUGUUUCAUGUUUUCAGUUUGUAAUCCAAAUCUCAAGUGAUAAGUAC